UAGCCUGAGCCUUAUAAAAGCAAGGAAGAGAGAAACUAACUCUCUCUCUCUCUGUUAGUAACCAGCAUUACACCACACGGAGGGAACUGGAGACUCCAACAGAACAGCUAAGGAUAACUUGCUUAGCUUUCCAACCCAGUUACUGAAUACAGAGUGCCUUUAACACUUCAAAGGAAGACAUUCUCCCAAUGCAGUAGCAAUGGUUUGGCCCUGUGGAGUUACAGACUGGUUAAAAGGAACAACUGAGUUAGAGCACUCUUCCAAAAUGGCCACCCUCAAGGAGGACCGAGACGUUGAAGACUACAAGAGGAAAGGGAGGCGAUCUUCACAGGGUCAUGAGCCUAAAGAGCCUGAACAACUGAGAAAGCUGUUCAUUGGAGGCUUGAGUUUUGAAACGACAGAUGAUAGUUUAAGAGAACACUUUGAAAAAUGGGGCACACUAACAGACUGUGUGGUGAUGAGAGACCCACAAACAAAACGUUCCAGAGGUUUUGGCUUUGUGACUUACUCCUGUGUGGAGGAGGUAGAUGCUGCAAUGAGUGCUCGACCACAUAAAGUUGAUGGGCGUGUGGUUGAACCAAAGAGAGCAGUUUCUAGAGAGGAUUCUGUAAAACCUGGUGCACACCUAACAGUAAAGAAAAUAUUUGUUGGUGGAAUUAAAGAAGAUACAGAGGAGUAUAACUUAAGAGAAUACUUUGAAAAAUAUGGCAAGAUUGAAACCAUAGAAGUCAUGGAAGACAGGCAAAGUGGAAAGAAGAGAGGCUUUGCUUUUGUGACUUUUGAUGAUCAUGAUACAGUUGAUAAAAUUGUUGUUCAGAAAUACCAUACUAUAAAUGGACAUAACUGUGAAGUGAAAAAGGCACUCUCAAAACAGGAGAUGCAGACUGCUAGCUCACAAAGAGGUCGUGGUGGUGGCUCGGGCAACUUCAUGGGUCGUGGAAAUUUUGGAGGUGGUGGUGGAAACUUUGGCAGAGGAGGAAAUUUUGGUGGCAGAGGAGGCUAUGGUGGCGGUGGCGGUGGUGGUGGCGGCGGGAGCAGAGGAAGCUUUGGGGGUGGAGAUGGCUACAAUGGAUUUGGUGAUGGUGGGAACUAUGGAGGUGGACCUGGCUAUGGUAGUAGAGGGGGUUAUGGCGGUGGUGGAGGACCAGGCUAUGGAAACCCAGGUGGUGGAUAUGGUGGUGGAGGAGGAGGAUACGAUGGUUACAACGAAGGAGGAAAUUUUGGUGGUGGGAACUAUGGUGGCAGUGGAAACUAUAAUGAUUUUGGCAAUUAUAGUGGACAGCAGCAAUCUAACUAUGGACCGAUGAAAGGAGGUGGCAGCUUUGGUGGCAGGAGCUCAGGCAGUCCCUAUGGUGGUGGUUAUGGAUCUGGAGGGGGAAGUGGUGGCUAUGGAGGGCGAAGAUUCUAAAAAUGUAUUAUCAGAAAUGGGCUACAGUUCUUAGCAGGAGAGAGAGCGAGGAGUUGUCAGGAAAGCUGCAGGUUACUUUGAGACAGUCGUCCCAAAUGCAUUAGAGGAACUGUAAAAUCUGCCACAGAAGGAACGAUGAUCCAUAGUCAGAAAAUUUACUGCAGCUUAAACAGGAAACCCUUCUUGUUCAGGACUGUCAUAGCCACAGUUUGCAAAAAGUGCAGCUAUUGAUUAAUGCAAUGUAGUGUCAAUUAGAUGUACAUUCCUGAGGUCUUCUAUCUGUUGUAGCUUUGUCUUUUUUCUUUCUUUUUUUUGUUUGUUUUGUUUCCCAUUACAUCAGGUAUAUUGCCCUGUAAAUUGUGGUAGUGGUACCAGGAAUAAAAAAAACAAUUAAGGAAUUUUUAACUUUUCAAUAUUUGUGUAGUUCAGUUUUUCCACAUAGUAAAAUUUCUUUAACAAAAAUAAAGAAAUAUAGCUUAGGGUGUUUCCUUGUUUAGUUAAUAGAGAGAUUAAUGCGCUUCUGAAUUACUAUUUUGUAUUAAUUUAAAGUUAACAAUAGAAACACCAUCUGAUCUGCAGUCUUAAAGGGUCUAGUCUCUAAGUGUGUAUGUAUAUGCAACUGCCAUUGACAUGAGUUAUAUAUGCACACAGAGGAGACAUUUGUAUGUUGCAAUAUAGUUUGUUUAGAUGUACAACUAGGAUUGAGUUUAAUUUAAAUUAGUAUUUGUGAAUUAUAGAAUUUAAGUUUUACUUUCAAAUGAAAAUUUCAAAUUACUUUGGUUUGUGCAUAUUUUUUAACUUGCUCUGUAUUAGUGCUAGCUCUGCAAAACAUAAGGCAUAGUAAAUAUUUUAAACAAAAAAUGACUUCAGCCACAUUCAAGCUGCCUCAUUUGAGAUGUAUUAAGGGGAUACCUGCAGUGUUUGUGCAGAUUCUGGGUGAAGAGAAGGGCUUGUUUUUUAUACACUCUUCCUUUUUAUUACUUUAAAAAAAAAAAAAAAAAUGAACUCCCCUACCUGUUACCCUAAAAUGGGGGUUUUGGAUAUAAUCUGCAGAGGUGAUCAGUUGGCCUGCAGCAUUGAUUGGGGGAAGGGGGGAGGAGGGAAACUUUCUGUAGCUACAGCCAAGUGCCAGGACAAGAUCCAUGGUACUCAUAAGGCUCCAGUGCCACAAGAAUAAACCCAGCAUUUUGGCUCGUUCCCAUGGCAGUAGCAAAUGCCCACAAUGCUGGGCUUCUUCCCAUGGUGCAAGUGCCCUAGUAGCCCCAUAGCUCUUGCCCAGGCAUUUGGGCAUUGUGGGGGAAAAAGCUGUGGUGACAGGACUUUUCCUGCAGUGCUGCUGCUCUCAUUUGGGUGAUUGACAGCCAAGUUGGCAAGAGCUGUGGCAGCGUAGGAAAAUCUCAGACUGGCAACAGCCAAGCGCCUAAAAAUGUCAAGCCUCUUUCUGCCAGGUCCUGGACUGGCAUAGGGGAAGGGGAGUCCAUGGGUGUGGUCUGGCCUGUGGGCUUGUCUUGCGCUGCUUAUUUGCCCACAGGGCCAGACAAGCUUGACACCCCUGCCCUAGAACAUACCUCUUUUGGUAUAUGAAUAAAAUUGCCAUACUUUGGGAGGGUAGCAUGGACCUCUUUUGCUCCUUCUUUCCCCCUGAUUUUAACUAUUUCAUUUGACCAAGCUGUCAGAGAGAGAGAGAGAGAGAGAGAGAGAGAGGUAUAUAUUGAAAAACAACUUAAUGGCUAUAUACUUUCUUGCAUGCACCAUAGGCAACUUUCUGGAUACAUUCUUCUGACUGGGAGCCAAGGGUAGCACAAGUGUAAUCCCUCACAAUCCCAGGUAAUCCAUUGAGAGACUCCUGAUGCUGGACAAAUUAGCAUAGUUCAUAAGCACUUACCUUGAGAACCUGUUCAAAUAAGGUUUUGAGGUUAAGUGAAAACCUUCUGUCCUCUUUUUUUUUUUUUUUUUUUGUUUGUUUGUUUUAUUGGCUGGAAGUGGGAUUUUUUUUUUCUGGCUACCACAUGAUAGCAGACUUGGUACCACUCUGCUUACAGAGUUCAUGUUUAGUUUGGUGUGUUCCAAUUUUUCAUUUGAUACACUGGAAUGAUACAAGCUUUUUAACAUAAAGGCCUUAGCAAGUGAGCUCAAUCCCUCAUUUCUGGACUCCCUACCUGCCACCCUUCCCCCUCCCCAACACCUCCCAAAUCCAGGCUUUAGCCUGCCCUUUCAAGCUGAUCUGACUUUUCUCUCGACUAUUGCCAGGGCAUUGCUUUCUUUCAAUACAGACUCAGAAGAGUAGGGACACAGUCAGUAGAAGAAAGUCCCAGACAUUUGACAGUAUGUGGUGCUGGAAUUGCUCUCACGUGUUUCACCUCUGGGUCAAUGUGCAGUAUAAGGUAAAUGCAAUUCCAGCAUAGGAAUGGAUGUGCAAAGAUGUUUAUGUUGUGGCUUAAGUUACGAUCCAAACUGCUAAAAAUUGCAAUUAAAGAAGUUGUAGAAAAUGCAUCAAAGCACAUAAGGUGUAUUACAAAAUCAUUUUGAACAAUGUUGUCAAACAUUGUUAUGGGAACAUGUUCAGAUCUCAGUAUGCUGAAACAAUGAGCACUGUCAAGGUUGCUAAAUGCAAUUUUUUUUUUUUUUCAUUUGCUUUUAAAGCCUGCUUUUUUGUGUGAAGGUACAACGUAGAUCUUAAUCUUUAAAAACAGUCCAUAAUUGUUCACCUCUUAUGGAUCCAUGGAGUAAGACUAUUAAUUUAAGAUGGGGGUUGGAAAGUUAUACAAUAAUGAGGGGUAUAUGUCUAGUAUGUGGGCUUCUUUUUAAGCAACAUCUUGGAAUUUGUGCAUAGUGGGUCAGACUUCAAAAGGUGUUAUAUUUGGCAUCUAACCUUCAUUUUGCAAAACUGAACAAUUUCUGACUUGCAUUAAGCAAAUAUUUGCCUAUAGUAGUCAGACUUGCGCCUGCAUCUGAAGGGACCAAAUUGGAAUGUUGGUAAAUGUCCCUUCAGAAAAGUGGAUCCAAUAUUAUUGGAUUUGUAGAAGGUCUUGACAGUGUUCUUUUUUUAACAGGGUUUCUGUAGCUGCAUUGUGACUAUGCUUACUUUGAAAUUCAGCAUGAUAAUAAAGUUUUAUCAAUAUCUGCUUAAAGGUUGCAACCAAAUCUUGAAGUCUGCAAGUGACCUGUUUUGUAGGUGGGUGGGAUAGUGUAGUUCUGGUAUGCAAUGUGGGGAAGUGUAAGCUUUGAGGACAGCAAUUAACCAGUUUUAAAGAACCUAGGUAUACUUCUUAGCAAAGUAUGGAUCAAAGACUUAAGACAGGACUUCAGCAGCCUAUUGAGUAUGGACAAGUCAGCAUAAUUACAGAAUGACAAGGCAGCAGGAGCAACAGCUUCAACUUCCAGAAAAGUGAAGGCAUAAGAUACUGUGCUGAUAGUGAGCAGCUUUCCAAAGGCUAGUUAAAUCUGCUUAUCACAGCUGAAAUAUCGAAGAAAGUCUAGCAAGAGUUCUUCACCUUUUGGAACCUCCUUGAGUGAUAGCUACUUGAGUUGACUCAAAAUCAAUAGGUCUAGCAUUUAGACCUGAAAGGAAGGGCAAUGAGCAUAGGUUGAAGGAGAAGCUGUUGCUUGAGAAAAUGGGGAAUAUCUUGAGUGUCCUCUUCAUUGUGACGGUUUCUGAUUGGGGUGAUAUCUUAAAGUAAUGCAGGGGAAAAGCAACUGAGGCAAGUAUCUCCAUCCUAGAAGAAAGACCUUCACCUAAAGGAUAUCUCUACUUGGAAACAGAAGUUAUUGUAUAGACCUAAAUAACCACAGACCUAAAGGGUACUAUUCUUUUUUUUUUUUAUAUAGUGUUGAAUUUUAUAACUUCCAGUUAAGUAUUAAGCAGCCAUGAAUGUUGAAUGUGACCUCAAAUUGUAGUCCAUAAUGGAUUCAAUAACUUCUACUUUUUGUAAAUUCUCAAAUGACUUUUUUAUAUACACAUACAAAAAAAUUAAAAGAAAUUUCUGAA